CCGCCUCUGCUGCUGCUGCUGCUGCUGCUGCGGGGGGCGAUGAGCGCGGCGCCGGGCGCCCAGGGCCCCGCGACCGCCGGGGGCCCGCCGGGGGUGCCGGUGCGCUCCGUGCGGUCCCUGCUGCGCCACGUGCAGCUGGAGAGCCUGGCGGCCGGGCUGAGCGGCGGCGUCGUGUCCACGCUGGUGCUGCACCCGCUGGACCUGGUGAAGAUCCGCUUCGCAGUGAGUGAUGGAUUGGAGCUGAGGCCAAAAUACAACGGGAUUCUCCACUGCAUGACCACUGUCUGGAAGCAUGAAGGACUACGAGGCUUAUACCAAGGGGUAACUCCCAACAUGCUGGGAGCAGGGGCUUCCUGGGGACUUUACUUUUUCUUUUAUAAUGCCAUCAAAGCUUACAAGAAGGAAGGGAAGCUGGAAAGUCUCAGUGCAACUGAACACCUAGUGUCAGCUGCAGAGGCUGGAGCCAUGACUCUCUGUAUUACGAACCCGAUAUGGGUAACGAAGACACGACUUGUAUUACAAUAUGAUGCUGGUGUUGAUCCAUCAAAGCGGCAAUACAGAGGAAUGUCUGAUGCUCUUAUAAAGAUAUACAAGACAGAGGGCAUACGUGGCUUGUACAAGGGAUUUGUGCCUGGUCUGUUUGGAACUUCACAUGGAGCACUUCAAUUCAUGGCAUAUGAAGAUUUGAAAUUGAGAUACAAUAAGUAUAGAAACAGAGUAUCAGAUACGAAAUUGAACACUGCAGAAUACAUAACGAUGGCAGCUGUGUCCAAAAUAUUUGCUGUGUCAGCAACUUAUCCCUAUCAAGUUGUACGAGCUCGUCUUCAAGAUCAGCAUAAUACAUAUUCUGGUGUGUUUGAUGUGAUCCGCAGGACAUGGAGGAAAGAAGGAAUUCAUGGAUUUUACAAAGGAAUUAUCCCCAAUGUGAUCAGAGUGACUCCUGCUUGCUGCAUUACUUUUGUAGUUUAUGAAAAUGUGUCUGGUUUUUUACUUGGUUUUAGAAAAGAAAAUAAUUAAAGGUAUAAGUUUGUGUUCAGAAGGAAUCUAAGUUUGUGUUCAGAAGGAAUCUAUCCUUUAUUUUUUUUAUAUUUAUGAUCUGGGAUUAUGAUCACAAUGAUCAUGAGAUUUACUUCAGCAGUCUAUUUUGUCACUCUGAAUUGAUCUAAUAUUUUGAGGAAAGAACCAGAAGAUAUUAAAACCCUGCCCGCAUCUCUUCUGCUGAGAGUUCCUGCCUUGUUGCAUUUCCCUCUCCUCUGAAUCAGCAGUGUCUGCUUGAAACAGAUGUCUGCAACUGUGAAGUAGCUUUGUGACUGGGUGAAGGCAGCUCUGCAACAAUUCAAUUCAUCCUGGCCUGCCUGGAGUAAUGGACUAAUCUGUUUUGACAAGUCACAAAAUAACAGUUGGUCAGGUUGUACUACAGAAAACUUCAUAUAAAAGCAACUCUGGAAUGCAUCAGAACUUCCUUAAAUCUUUAUCUGAGUCUCAUGGAGAAAAUAUGUAUGUAUGUAUUUGUUUACAGCACUGUCUUCUGAAUCCAUCUCUGUUAUCUCUCAGGUUUUAGAUUAUGGAGUGCUCCACAUUCCAUCGCUCAUCCAACACAAAAAUGCUGUCUCCAUGGGGUGCAGUUUGGAAACUAAAGUUGUUUUGUAAAACAGUCAGCUGUCCAUUCCUGGUUUUGAGUAAUUGCCAAUUGAAAUCCAGUUCUUGAGUCAUACCAAGACAGACUUGCAGUGUGGUUGUUGGCUUGUUUCAGUACCAAACCAAAGUCUGUUGUGUGCAUCGCUGGCAACUUACUUCAUUCGUUUUCUUGCUCUUCGCUCCCCACGCUGACCAAGAUGUUCCAUCUCUGUCACAGAUGCAUCUGACCAAAUAUUACUAAGUAAAUGAAUAUUUGAAAGUAGGCUUAGUUAAAAUAUAGAUAUAUAUAUAUGGUUUUUCCUAGUAAUGCCAUAGUGAUGCAGUUUUCAAGCAACUUUGACAACAAAUAAGACUACUUAUUUUGGAUAAUAUUAUUUGAAAAAAUCCAUAGGUAGUCUAAAAAUACUGUGCACAGGACUUUCUUAAAAAUCAUUAAUGUCUUCUGAUUUAGUCUCAGGAAAUUACUAAGAAUAUACCAAUUGCUAACACAAUAGUAAGCAAAAUUACAGUACAUCUCAGUAAAUUUGAAUAACAGUGCUUCUUUUUUGGCAAUAAUUGCUGUCAAGGAUAUGUACUUUUUGGAAACCCAGGUGUUGUUUUUUUCUUUUUCAAUUCUUCAUGAAGGAAGUACGUUACUGAGCAUAGCAUCUGCCUCCUGCUAUUAUUAUGAAUGCAUGAAGAAGUAUCUAGAAAGUAGCACUUAACUGAGGAGGAAAUAAGUUAGCAAAGGUUAUUUGACAGGUGGGGAGAAAUAGUAAGUUUCAUAAGGAACAGAGAAUACUGUUCAGCAAAGCACUUGAAUAAUCUCUUAGAGAAGUUUCCUGUUUAACAAUAGACUAACCAGAACCAAAAAUUAGGGAAUUGGUUUAUCUUUUAUAUUUGGGAAAGUGCAGAAACGGCUUAGUAUUUUGAAUCUCAAUUCAGCAGUCCUGUUGCUUGUUUCUGUUGAUAAUAUUGCCACAUCACACUUUGUGUAUGCUUAACUUUUUAAAUAAUUUACUCCUUUUCUUCUCUAAUCCCAUCCUUUCUACUGUUGAUAAUACAUUAAGCUAUCUCAUCUGAAAGGGCAUGUGACCAUUAUGUUAUUUGUUUUGUUUUGUUUGUGUGUUUAAUUAUAAAAGCUUCCAUGUACAUUUAACAUCAAAUUUACUGGAAGUUUACCUUGCAAAUUACUGCAUAGAGCCCUAUCAGCUACUACCUUCUUUUGCCUCUCUUUGGAAGCUUUUUAUUUGGGUUUGCGUUUUCUAGUAUUCAGGAUUCAAAAUACAUUGUGAAGACAUAGGAAUAAACCAUACAAAAAUAAUAAAAGUUGUGCAGUGAC